AUGGCGGGAGGCAGUGCGGCGACGGCGACUACCUCCGCGGGUCUUGAUCGCGCUCGCGGUGCGCAGUGGGGCGCGUCGAGACCGGCCGUUUCUCGACCAACCGUAGCCUCUGAUUCCGCCGCGAUUUGCGCGUCUGGCGGCGACGACGGGCACGGGCACGGGCGCGGGGAUAACGUGGGCGCAGUUCGGCGGGAAGAGGGGCGCGAGGGGGGGAAGGGCAAGGCGCAGUGGCGCGUGGAAGCGCCGCAAAAGGGGCGGGAGGGGCCGGAGGAGCAGCAGGCGGAGGAGGACGAGGAUAUGGGGGGAGCGCACGGGGGCGCGGAGGACGGCGGGGAUGGCGGAGAUGCGGGGGACGGGGCGGACGGCGGGGAGUUGCGCAAGGGGCAGUGGACGGCGGAGGAGGACGAGCUAUUGCUGAAGUGUAUUCAGCAAUACGGAGACGGCAACUGGAGUUCCAUCCCCAAGCGCGCAGGCCUGCGGCGGUGCGGCAAGAGCUGUCGGCUGCGGUGGGCGAACUAUCUGCGCCCGGAUCUGAAGCGAGGGGCGUUUUCAGACGACGAGGAGGACCUGAUCAUUCGCCUGCACGCCGCGUGGGGGAACAGGUGGGCGAAGAUUGCCCUGGAGCUACCAGGGCGCACGGACAACGACAUAAAGAACCACUGGAACACCAAGAUGAAGCGCCGCCUCAAGGAGCAGGGCAUCGACCCCGACUCGCACCGACCCCUCUCCUCCAUCUCCCCAGACCAGCCGCCCAAGCAGCGCGUGAAGCGCGGACCUCCCCCCGGGAGUUCCCCCGUGCGUCUGCACAAGGUGCUCAAGGACUCUCUCGCCGCCUCCCCCCUCUCCGCCUCCCCCCUUACCGCCACCCCCCACUCCUCCACCCCCCUGUCCGCCUCCCCCCUCCUAGCUCCCAAGCUCCAUUCCCCUGCUGCUGCUGCGUCGUCUCUCCCCCGCGCCUCCCCCCCUCCGCUCUCGCUCCUUCCCGCGCCCCAGCUCCCUGCGUCGUCCUCUGCUGCCACGCGCGCUGCUCCUUCCCAUCCUCCUCCUUCGUCUUUGGCAUCGUCUACUCUUGCUGCUGCGAAUGCAACGCAGCUAUCAGCAGCACAAGGAGUAGGGACAGCAGCAGCAGCAGCAGCAGCAGCAGCAGCAGCAGCAGCAGCAGCGACUGCUGUUGCUACCUCCUUAUCUGCUGCUGCUGCUGCUACGGGAACGGGCGGGGGAACUGGCAGGGGAAUGGUAGAGAAUAAUGAAGCAUGGGCGCAGGGCAAGGGACACGAAACACUGUCCAAGCGGUUGGCAGGGAUGGCAACCGGUUUGCAGGGGUCUGUUGGUAACGCUCUCGGUGCUGUUAAAUCUGAAAGGGACGAGACAGAGGGUGGUUGCGUGAAGGCAGAGGGGGGAGUUAUUGUAAAGCCGGAGAGGGAGGGGGAGGCGCAGGCGGGGAGGAAGGGGGAGAGGCAAAAGGAAGGGCAAGGUUCAGGGGUAGCAGCGGGAUGGGGGCUGGGUAGUACGGGCCGAGCAGGGGUAGCAGCAUGGAAUGUGGGAGGUUCGGGUGGGAGUGCGGAUUAUGAGAGUAAGGCUGGCGCUGGUGGUGGUGUUGGUGGUGGGGGUGGUGUGGGUGGUGUGGGUGGUGGGAGUGGUGUGGGUGGUGUGGGUGGUGGGAGUGGUGUGGGUGUUGGGAGUGGUGUGGGUGUUGGGAGUGGUGUGGGUGGUGGGAGUGGUGUGGGUGUUGGGAGUGGUGUGGGUGUUGGGAGUGGUGUGGGUGUUGGGAGUGGUGUGGGUGUUGGGAGUGGUGUGGGUGUUGGGAGUGGUGUGGGUGCCUAUAUGCAUACGAAGGGCAUGGGUGAUGGGAGUGCUGAUGUGUCAAGGGCAAGUGCUGAGGGUAAGGGAGGUGGAUAUGCAGAUGCGGAUGCAGUAAGGACGGAGUUGUUAGGGAGAGGCGGGUCGGAGGGUAGAGAGAAGGGCGGGGGCGGGGGAGGAGGAGGGGGCGAAGGGGGUGAGGAGUUGGGGAACGGGCAAGGAAGGCUGGAUGCGAGUUUGUUGCUCAAGCUGCUGGCUGGAAAGGUAGCGGCUGCUGCUCCUGCCAGUGCCAGUAGUGGUGGUGGUGGUGCUGCUGCUGCUGCUGCUGCUGCUGCUGCUGCUGCUGCUGCUGCUGCUGCUGCUGCUGCUGCUGGUACUGGUGGUGCUGCUGGUGGUACUGGUGGUGGUAGUGGCGGUGGUGGUGGGUUGUCCCUGGAGCGCAAAGACCUACACCUUCUGCUUCAGCAGCUACCAGUGUCUGUUCGACUCAAACUGCUGCAGCAGCACCAGCAGCAGCAGCAGAACCAGCAGCAGCGCCGUCAGCAGCAGAAUCAGCAGCAGCAGCAGCAACAGCAGCAGCAGCAGCUGCUGCAGGAGGUGGGGAUGGAGUGGAUGGAUGUGGAGGGUGAAGACGGACAAGGGUUAGGAGGGGGACGGGGAGGCGCUAUCUCUGCCUCUGAUGCUUGUGAGAGUGAGAGCGAGGCAAUGGCACAGCAGCAGCUGCAGCUGCGGUGGCAUGUGAACAGGCUGCUGCUGCAGCGUUCUGCAAAUCUGCAACUGCGGCAGCAGCAGCAGCAACAGCAGCAACAGGAGGAGCAGUGGCAGCAGCAGCAGCUGCAGCAGCAACAGCAGCGGGAGCAAUGGAGUGGGGAGAAUGGGAGGGGGCGAGAGGAUGCAAGCUCGUCUGGUUCCCAGCAGCAGCAGCAGCAGCAGCAGCAGGGUGUGGCGGAAUCAGCUAAUGCAGUGCUGCAGCUGCUUCGUGCACUCAAACAAGUGUCUUCCGGCCAGUCCCUCUCUUCAGCUGUUGCAGCUGCUGCUUCUGCUCUAAACUCCUCUGCACCAGCAGCAGCAGCAGCACCAGCAGCAGCAGCAGCAGCACCAGCAGCACCAGCAGCAGCACCAGCAGCACCAGCAGCAGCACCAGUAGCAGCAGCAGAAGCAGCACCUCACACCAGCUCGUUCGGACGUCACCCCCUACCCGCCUCCUCCCACCCCCACUCGCACCCACGCUCCCACUCCCUCUCCUCCCCUCCCCACAACCCCCAUCCAUCCACAUCCCCUGUCUCACCCAUCCCUGCCGUUUCCCCUCUUUCUGGCGAAGCAGUUGUCUCUGUCUCUGCUCCCUGCCCCUCUUCCUCCAGCCCACCUUCCCCUGCUGACGCCUCUCCCCCUCUGCCGUUCUCUCAGAGGGAGCUAGAGCAGCUGGUGCGGCUGCUGCCCCCGUCGCUGCUAUCCCGCCUCUUGGCUCGUCUAGAAGAUGCUAUUGAUGGAGGCGGGGAAAGCAGUGGUGGUGGUGGUGCCGCUGGUGCUGGUGGUGCUGCUGCAGGGGAUGCAGCAGGUGUUGCUGGUAGUUCUGCGGCUGGUAGCCUAGCAGAAGAUGGGUUAGGAACGGUGGGUAGCGGUACUGCAAAAGCUGUGGCUAGCAGCAACGCAGCUUCUGCGUCUCCUCUCAAGGGUCAUGUGCCGCCGCCCGCUUUCCUUGCCUCCUCUCUCGUCGGUUCUUCGCGCCGUCAGCGCUCUUACCUCCCCUCCUCCAAUCCUCCUCCUCCUCCUCCUCCUGCUCCUGCUGCUGCUUCUGCUGCUUCUGCUGCUGCGGCUGCUGUGGCUGCUGCUGCUGCUGGCUUGGCUGCCUCCCUCGUUGCUCCCUCGUCCUCCCUCCUCUCCUCCUCUCUGCACUCUUCGCUCUCUUCCCAACCAACCGCCAUGCUUCCGCCCUCUUCCCUUCCUCCUUCCUCUCGCCUCACUCAAAACCAUCGACAGCAACAGCAGCAGCAGCAGCAGCUGGAGCAGCAGCGGCUAGAGCAGCAGCAGAUGGAACAGGAUGACCUUUCAACCCAGCUACUUCCUGUCCCAUCCACCUUCUACCCUCCCCCUCCCCUUCCCGACAACGACGAUCCGUCUGCUCCCUUCCCCCAUUCCCCCUCCCCUCCCCCGUCGCUUUAUCUUGAACUCGCCUCCCCCUCCUCCUCUGCGCUUAGGGCAUGUGGUGGGCGCUUUAGAUUCGAUGAUAUGCCUAUUAGGGGGAAUAAUCGGUAUGGCCGCGAGAAGGUGGGAUUUCCUGCUGCUGCAGACGCCUCUGCCUCUGCCGUCGCUGCUGCUGCAGCUGCUGCUAAUGGUGGCAGUGGUGGCAGUGCUGGUGGUGGUGUGUUGGGGGAAGCAGGGAAUGGGAUGGGGCGGAGAGGCAGCAUAGGUUUUGAGGAUGGGAGUUCCCUCUCGCUCAUGCCCUCCCCGUGCCUGCCAGAUGAAGCUGUAGCGGCUCCUGUGCCUGCUACAGCUGCUGUGACAACUGCUGCUGCUGCUGCUGCUGCUGCUGCUACUAGUUCAAUCUCUGGAGAAGCUUCAGAAGCCAGUGGGAGUAUGGGGGCAGAUGGGGGAGGAGGAGCGGCAGCAAGAGCAGUAACGGCGGCAGCAGUAGCAGCAGGGGCAGCUCAUGGGCCGAGCUUAACAAUACCACGAGCAGCAGCAACAGCGAGCGGAGGAGCAGCAGCAGCAGGGAGCGCAGGGGCAGCAGCAACAGGAGGAAGCGGAGGAGCAGCAUCAACAGGUACAGGCGAGACUACCACGAGCACACCGACACUCAAGAGACGCCCGUCGGCCUUCCGAGUGCUGUCUGUGGUCAUACCCACAGACACCGCUGCUGCAGACGAGCCCCCUCCUGCCCCUGCGCCUGGUAGCCGCGGUUCCACUGGCCGAUCGAUGCCCCUGCUGCCCUUGGACCUUGCGGGAGCAGGAGCAGGAGGAGGGGCAGGAGCAGGAGGAGGAGGAGUGGCGGUUCCUGGUGGUGAUGGGGGAGGAGAAGAGGGAGGAGGAACCGCAGCAGGAGCGGCAGCGGCAGCAGCAGCAACCACAGCAGCGGCAGGAGCAGCAGGGCAGGGGUUGGGUGCGCCCCCUGUACCGUCCUUCUCUCCCAGAAGCCCCUGGGGGAGCGACAACCAAUUUUGGGACUUCAGCAGCGAAAGCAGCGAUCUAGCCGGCCCGGC